GCCAGGGGCAGUUCCCUGCCAGCAGCUGGAGAGAAAGGAGCUCCCUGAGCAAAGAUGUGAGAACCGCAGGUUUCUUCAUUUCCAGUGGCUAAAGAACCUCAGAAACCCCGUCCCAAAAAAGAUGAUUAUCAAAGAACAACUCCAGGAGAGUCAUGGAAUGUGUGAAUACGCAGUCUACGUUCAAGCUUUGAUAUUUCGCCUGGAAGGGAAAAUCCAGGAAUCUCUAGAACUCUUCCAGACGUGUUCCAUUCUGAAUCCUCAAAGUGCUGACAACCUCAAGCAGGUGGCACGAUCACUGUUUCUUUUGGGGAAACACAAAGCAGCCAUUGAAGUGUACAAUGAAGCAGCUAAACUGAAUGAAAAGGACUGGGAGAUCAGCCACAAUCUGGGUGUGUGCUACAUGUACCUGAAGCAUUUCAACAAGGCACGAGACCAGCUGAACAAAGCCCUGCAGCUGAACAGACAUGAUCUGACAUACAUAAUGCUGGGAAAAAUUUACCUUCUGGAAGGGGAGACUGACAAAGCCAUAGAAGUCUAUAAGACAGCAGUGGAGUUUUCUCCAGAAAACACGGAGCUCCUUACAACAUUGGGGUUGCUGUAUUUGCAGCUUGGGGCUUAUCAGAAAGCAUUUGAACAUCUUGGAAAUGCACUUACAUAUGAUCCCAGCAACUAUAAGGCUAUCUUGGCAGCAGGCAGUAUGAUGCAGACCCAUGGAGACUUUGAUGUAGCACUCACCAAGUACAGGGUUGUAGCCUGCGCUGUGCCCGAAAGCCCCCCGCUAUGGAACAACAUUGGAAUGUGCUUCUUUGGCAAGAAGAAAUAUGUGGCGGCAAUCAGUUGCCUGAAGCGCGCUAACUACUUGGCUCCCUUUGAUUGGAAGAUUCUGUACAACUUGGGGUUGGUCCACCUGACAAUGCAGCAGUAUGCAUCUGCUUUCCACUUCCUAAGUGCUGCCAUCAACUUCCAGCCCAAGAUGGGGGAGCUCUACAUGCUGUUGGCAGUUGCUCUGACAAACCUUGAAGAUACUGAGAAUGCAAAACGAUCUUAUGAGCAAGCCGUAGCAUUGGACCAGUGCAAUCCCCUGGUCAAUCUGAACUAUGCUGUCCUGCUCUAUAAUCAGGGGGAUAAGAAGGGAGCACUUUGCCAGUACCAGGAAAUGGAGAAGAAGGUCAAUGUACUGAAGGAGACCAGCACUCUGGACUUUGACCCUGAGAUGGUGGACAUGGCCCAGAAGAUGGGAGCUGCUCUGCAGGUGGGGGAGAGUCUGGUCUGGACUAAACCUAUUAAAGAUUCCAAAUCAAAGCAGCGAGCUGCAUCUGGCAAACCCUCCAGCACUCAGCAGCCUUUGGGCUCUAACCAAGCCCUGGGCCAAGCUAUGUCUUCAGCAGCUGGGUAUGGGAAGACUAUUCAGCUUUCUUCAGGUGUUGGAAUAUCAGCUCCCUUGGCCAAGCCCCCUUCACUGCCUCUGGAACCUGAACCAGGCUCAGAAACAGGCCCUGAAGAGACUACAGAGCCCCAAGAGCGAAGAAAAGAGAAGUGUAAGAGCAGACUGGCUGCAGAAUAGAACAUCAGCAGUGAACAGGCUACUGCUGGCCCUUUGGGAGCAAACUCAGCACAACAACUUGCUGACUGAAGUAGUGGGGAAGGGCAGCUGCUUCUAGCAUAGCCUGCAGUGCCUUCACCCCACUGAGAGCUUAGGCAAAAUGCAGCUGUAUGCUGGUAGUGACGUUAGCUUCUGCCCUGUGAUGGUGGGUAUUUGCUCAACAGCACCCAGAGGAGGUUUCUAAGUAGUUACCACUAUUGCUGUUGUACUGCAUCAUGAAGGAACAGACAGAAAGGUCCCUUCUCUCCAUUGGGGACCAGCUGCUUUGUUAUUUUACACACAAGUCAGGUGUAAGCCACCCAGAGGGGUGCUGAAGUGCUGAGAUUGCCUCUCAUUGUGUUGUGUUGUCAACUACAGUGAUCCUGCAGCUUUUAAAGCAGCAGAUUGAAGCAAGUUCUCUCUUUAGGACACAGUGAGGAUCAAUCCCCUCUAGGAACUGAGCCUGGAGCCCCAUCAACAGCCAAGGAAGCUCUGCCACCUCCCUGUAGCAAGGUCAGUGGUAGAAAUGGGGAAUGGGGAGGAUGAUGAAGUGCAGAAAGCAAGCGGCAGGCAGGUCAGUCUGUGGGCUGCCAGCCUAGAACAAAGCUUCUGUGCCUGAUGGAGGAGCCUCGGCCAAGUCCUCUGUUCAGUAGAGAUGUAGGCUCCUGAGCACUGGUGCAGUGGAGUUGUUCACAGUCCGUGCACAAGUUUGAAUGAGUCGCACCUCUCUUGCACCUUGUGUGAAAAAGCAUUUGCAAUACUCUUCCCUUGGGCAGCUAGCUGAAAGGAACCUGUAGCCUGUGCUCAGUGCUGAGCCCCUGGUCAGGCUGAAACCCUAGCUAAGCAUCAUGCAGUGAUGCCUGUCCUGCAAGGUGGAGGGAACACAGACACUUUCUCUCUAUGUGACUCUUUGGCAGGGAGCAAGGGAAAGGAGAAUAGGCUUUUACUCAAGCCUUGUUAAAGUUUACCUUGGUGCAGUUUCAUACCAUGUGCCCCAGUGUUAGAACUUGCAGUGUCCUCUGAAAAGCCCGUUAUACUUCCUCUUUCUGUUGGAAGUUUUAAAACAGAUUGGGCAACUUGGUUUUAACUGUCAGUUCCUCUGUAAGUUACUUUGCGCUUCAUUCAUGGCUAGUAAAAGGCUGCAGGUGAGCAGGAGCAGGCCUGUGUAAUCACAGUAACUGAUAACUUUACGAGUUAAGGAGCUGCUGAACUCGGUCACCUCACUGGUAUAAAUGGCAUGUAAAUAGUCCCAGGCAGGCUGACAGCUGCAUCACUGAGAUUUGUAAUAAUUCACCUUAGAGCAAAAAACAAAACAGUUCUACUGUCAGUGGAAAACUUAGGCUUGGAGAAGAGAUGGGCCUGUGGAGCAGAAUAGAAACAGAAAUUGCAUCGUCUUUUUAUUUUGCUGCUUCUAUCUACUCAAGUUCUAGAGGGAAGUUUUUCUCUCCAGAGGCAGCACACCCAUUUUUCAGUAAGUUUAUUGGUAGCAGAAUUAGCCAGUUACAGUUGCUUAUCUUCUGAUCCCAUGCAUAUUCUCUCAACCAUCCCCUUCCUAUAAGCUGAACCAUGUAAAGUCUAACCUCAUGUCUAACACUGCUAAAGCAAGAGGAGUUGUACAGCCACAGUCUCUAAGUGCCUGUUCAGCAUCCUCACAGCAGCUUUUGAAGGCCAACCUAUUCCACAUGUUACCUUGGCCCAAGAGGGGAGCAUUGCAAAGCCUUUUAUAAAACUUUAUUCAACCCCUUCAGCUGGGAAAGUAACUUUUUGGUGAUUACUUCAAAAACAACUGCCGACUUAACCUUCUUGAUAUGAUGGGAAGGGACAGUAGUGGAAGAUGACUUAAAUGCCUCUCAAAUACAGCCCCUCUUCAUGAUGGUCACUAUUAUGUGAGGAAAAUUACAUAUGUAUCCUGAAGUUUGGUGGGUGCUUAGACAGCCUUGUCUGUGGUAAACUGUUUUGCAGAGGUCUGAUAUAAGAUCCUGUGCACAUUCCUUCCUCAGGAAAGGACACAGCAGGGCCCAGGCUCUAUCUCCUAGGUGUCUAAGGGUUAUGCCAGUUAGUUCGCUUAUGGUUUUCUGUUAAGACAACUGUCACGUGUUGACUGAUCUGGCCCUUCAGGAGAAACUGCCCUUGCAGCUGCAGCCAGGCUAUCUACUCCACAUCUAAACGGAGCAAGGAACAUAAAUGCCCACUUGAGGCCAUGGGAGUUUUUCAAAGGCUCUUUUAGCUUAAACUGAGACUAAAUUGAAGAAAAUGAGAUUUUACACUCCCAUCCAUUUCACUACUAAAGACAUGUCUCCCUGGCCUGUUCUUGGUGCCACAGUUCCUCCAAAAUAACCAUUUCCUGACUACAAAUUAAAGUAGAACUACUGCUACAUAAAACCUCAAAAGCAGAAUUGUUCUUGGAGCCCUUCUCUUUCACUCCCACAGGGCACAUAGCUGCUAAUUAUGAUUUAAGUGAUUAUUUAAUGUCUAAAGCAUGGAAAUGCAACAGGUUCAAGGCGUCUUCAAUAAUGUUGUCACAGGAACUAUGGGACAAGCUUCACAGGUGUUAAGAGUAUUCACAGAUCUUAAUGACAGUUUGGAGCAGUAGGUGCCUACCACCUCCAAAAGUCAAGUUGUCUAUCUUGUUCACCUUCUGAGUCUAAACGUGCAGAGCUGCAUGGGUAUUACUGAAUGUAAAUGUAGUUUGGGCCAGGUUCCUGUCAGGGCUAACACUGGCUAUUGAGUCUGAUUAUGCACUGCCAUGCAAAGUAACACAGAGGCAAGUUCAGCUUAACUUUCCUUCCUGAUUUGCAAUUUAAUGCAAGUUCAGUAAACUGAUGGCAAAAAGAGGUGGCCCUGUGAAAGCACUAAACAAAAAGGAACAUUUAAAAAAACAACCUGUAUAUCUUAAGGAAACUGCAAUCCAGCAAAAUUGGGCUAUAAGAAGGCUUAAAACGGAAGUGAGCAAAAUAAUGUUGCUUUAACAGCUGCUGCUGAGACCUGGGAAAAUCUCCAUUCCAGCUAGGGAGGUGAUGGCCAUUUCAGUUUGAGUAUUGUAUAAAAAAAAGUAAUUUACCCGAACAUGGAUCAAUAACUGACAGUGCCUGUAACAGAGAAAUCCCAUAGCCCAACUGAAACAGGAAGACUGCAAUUCCCCUCCAAGUAAUGGCCAAGCUGUAACAUGUUGCUUUGAGAGGAUUUGGUAACCUAAGUCUUUACACCAAAUAGGUGUGAAGAAGCAAGAGAAGGGCAGGAAUAAGGACUUAUUUAAGGCAGUUUCUGGCAGCUUUUGAAGCAGCUUUUCUAUUUUGACUGAUUUAAGCAGCCUCUGCCAAACUUCAGGAUACUUAUCUGGACCACAAAGAGCAGCAAUUCUUGUCCUACAAGACAGUAGGAAUAGUCAGUUCUAUCCCCCCAGAAAUUUGGAGCCCCUGUUUAUGCUUGUAGUUGUGAUGAUGGUCUGCUUUGAAGUUUUCUGUAAUGUCACGAUUUCAUUGACAUAGCACAUGUGUUUGUAGUAUGUUUACAAAGUUCAGAGGUAUUGAAAGAUGGAUUUAAAAUAACCUUCAGGGGGAAGUGUGCAUAGGAGAAGCAAAUCAAAGACAGCAGGACCGUGUUACUCUCUAGCCUUGGACUGAAGGGCAGCACACAUUUCAAUAUACAAUUGGAGAUAUAGCUGCUGAAGAUGAUAAAUGGAAUUGACACCAUUUAGUUUUGGCCUUUGAGUCUUGUGAGAGAAACUGGAUUUUCAGUAGCUGGAUCUAAAUCUCUUUACAGUGGACUUUUGGUGCUGGGGCAAGGAUGAGGCUGGGCUGACUUCCAUCCAAAAACUAAAGCAGAGUAUAGAACAGGAUUUUUCAGUGGGACUUGUAUUCUUAAGUAACACAGGAGUUUGGUAGAUCCAUUCCUUAUGUUUUAGACCAGCUCUUUGCCCCAAAACAUGAUCUCUGAAUGAUUUUCCUUCUUUCAUAAACAGACAUUAGCAAUGGAAAAAACAGCUGAUCCAAAAGUGUCAUGGGUUUGAUUUCUAGGGACAUGGGAGACAUCUGCUUUUUUAUGAUCAUAGUCACACCCUUAGACCAGGCUGCAAGAACAUUUUGGUGUCCUCCACCUCGCAAGAGGUGCCACAAUCGAUUCAGAGGCAGAGGUCACACAAAGACUCUUGGCUAAAAUGAGUAGCUCAGAAAUAGAAGUCAGACACCUGGUGUCAUUGAUUAAGAGGCUGGAUUUCCCUUGGCAGGGUCCUUUGUAUGAAGACAGACAAAUUUGUAAGCUGAAUGCAAGAAAAGCUUUACUAAAAUAGUGAGACAAGCGCUAUACAGAAAUGCAUGGCAAAACUGAAAGCACAUAAUUUAAAAAGUACUUCACUUCCCAAAAUGUUUACGGUAAAAACUAUUUAUAUUAGUUUCAUCACAAGGAAGGUACUGCCAUCUCCUCAAGCAAAGUUGCACAGACAUGGUACUUUCUGUGGCAGUACUUAAUAGGAAUGAUACAGGUGGAAGAAAGUAAAUUUAGACUCAAACUUUAGUUUGCAUUGGCUAACAGCAGCUUUCCUGAGAAGUUCUUAAGGGAGGUAUUUGGCUCUUGCAUUUUAACAAGUUUGUUCCUCCCCUAGCUGCCAGUGCUUGCCUGCUGCUGUAAGCCACUCUCCUGGCAGAAUGAUACCAUGCUUGUUUUAAAAAUUACAGUUUACUGCUUGAAAUGUAUGCCCUUUCCUAUUUCUUGGCACUGAGAAGGCAGAUGCUGCAUGCACUCUGGUCCACCUGCAUUCAUUUCCUUUGUCCAGGGAAACACAAAGCUCCCAGCAUUCAGCAGUCUGACAUCCUGCAACAGGAGUUUGGACCAACAACUCCCUGAGAAUUCAGGCUGGUCACAGUUGAUAUCCAUUUGAGAUAUGCAAGAAGCUUCACCCUCUGUUGUAGCAGAGAAUUUACUUAAACAGCCACCUCCAGUCAGACCAGGGAACUGUUUUAUAUGGCUGGCACAAGUAUGAUGAAAUAAAGUUUGGCUGAAAAGGAAGCUUGAUGACCCUCAGGAUUUCAGGACCUGGGUGUGAGGAGGCAGCACGCAGUAGAACAGAGGCACCUUGUAGAGCAUUCUAGGAGGUGGACUCUAGGUAGGAGGACUCUUCACUAGUAACAGACAUAAAGACCAUGUUUCUUUUCCAUGCCACUCAAGAAAUAACCCUUAGAUCCUAGCCUUGGUAGUUACUAGUUUUCCAACUUCAGUUUGUCCCCAUUAUAAGCACACAAGCUUUGCAUAUUAAAGACCAAAAGGCAGCCAAGAUAUGUACACUUAAUAUCCCCACUUAGCCUUUCCAAUUUUAUUAACAACUGGAAGGCUUUGACAGGGGGCUCUUCAUAUAUGCUGGCCUUCUUGCUAACACAAGGUACUACAAGGUAAACUAAGAUGACCUUAAGUGUAUCAACUACCCUGUGGUAACUAUCUUAUGCAUAUGUUCUUACCCUGCAGGUAGGUCACUCCUCAGCAAAAGUGAGGUACCCUAUCCCCCACUUUCCAUAGGGAGAGAACACGCAUACAGAUAGUUACAACAGAGUAGGUAACAUGCUUAAGUUCAGCUCCUGGCUUACGCUGCAGCCAAGGUAUUUGUGGACACAUACCCAGUCUCACAUCUGUCAUUCAAAUACAGUUCUUUGUUGUGGCUUCUCCUUUAGCUGGCAAAUGAGAGAGUACCCUGCUCUAAGCUAAAAAGCUUCACUUGGUGGAAAGAAAAAAUAAAUACUUUGAGGAGCAUUAGUGCCCAUCAAUUGUUAUAAUUUUGCUUAAUAGAAUCAGCCACAUAUUGGAGUCAAAUGCCAACAGCACUUUACUAUGGGCAUUUUCACUGCUUAUUAGCAUCUUUCUUUACAGAAUCAGCAUUUUAACCACAGUCUAUGCAUACAAGCUCUUCUUCUUGUUGGCUAUUAGAAUCAAUAUGCCAUGUACAGAGUAGUCCUAACACUGAACAGAAGAAACUCUGUGCAAGUUCUUGUUUUGUUUUUGAGGGUAGUUUUCUUUACUUUGCUACUGCUUGUUUGAUGGGACUAAUAACCAACAGACAUUAAUUCCUCUGCUUUGCUUAGGCAAUUCUAUUGUUGUGGUAAAUGCUUAGUACACAAGCUGAUAUAUUAACGUUUUCCCAUUCUAAAUCACACAUUGUUAUAUUUUUAUUACUCAGUGAGAGUAGUAUCCGUGUUCAAAAAUAGAGAUGGCAUCAUUGCCAUUCACUAGUUUAAUCUUACUGUUUAUCCUGCUAAUGUGUCCUAACUUACUUGACUAACAUAAUUUGGCCCAGUGAAAGAUGCAGCUAGUGUGACUUGUGAAAUAAGGGUUUGCAUGCAGGUGCUGUGUUCAUAGUGUACUUGUUAACAAGUGAGCUGGCUACUGCUGCAAAGAAAAUGAAUAGUUACUGGGGUUUCCCUCCCACUUACAGUAAAAAUGUAAGUUCUUAAUGUCUUUCCCCAGUAGGCAUGGUAGCAGACCACGUGUUGGACCAAAAGAAGUUAACAGCACUAUUUUAGAAUGGAUUGCUUUAAAUGCAGGUACCUGAACCUCUGCCAGAUAGGGAAAGAUUAACACAGAGACCUAAUGGCGUGAUUUCCAACAGCGCUGUCUCUACUUUGAUAAUAGUGUUCACUUCCAGCUAAGCAGCACACUCCAAGAGUGUGAUGGCAUUAACAUUAGUACGGUACAUCUUAUCACUGUAACCAGAAUGGAUUAUGCUAUCUUUGUCAUACUCUCAAGUCUGUUCCCAGUAGUCAUUUAAACAAGUUUUAGUCCAUGAUUGGAAAAUUGCCUGUGGUACAUAAUUACUCAGUCAUUAUUCAUAAUUACAAUGUGUGAAACAGCUAAGCACAGCCAUCACGUGGCUUUCACAGUCUAACAUAGGAUAUGCCCUUUAUUUCUCUUACAGUCCCUUGCAGUACACUUAAUUUAAAAAAAAGAAAACCAAAACUGACCAUAACUUAAGCCAACCAUUCAUAAAAUAAUAAGCAUGAUCAAAUGAUGAGAAAAUGCUGCAAAUGGUUUCACUUUAAGUGUUGGCAAAGGAAACAGGGGUCUGCAGACAGAAAGGCUUGGCAUCUCCACAACUGUAGCAGAGGGUAGGAUGAGAUUAUAAAGUGUCAACAACAGAUAAAGUUCAAUCAUUGGAGGAGUCUCUGCAGAGACAGGCUAAAAGCCAAGGCAAAUGGCAAUGUUUUGUGUUGUUUUUUAAAGCUAGUAAAGGAAGUGUGGCCCUAAUCAGCUUUUCCAUGUCACAGAGGAGAAGAUUAAUAGAACCAAAAACAUUAUGCGACUCAGACACAUGUUGAGCAUCUUUAUAGGGCAGGGAAGUAGUCUAUAAAAAGGAGUCUUUGGAUCCCAUUUGAACUGGGCUCCCCCCAGCAGAGCAGCAAUUGCAUCACAAAGAGCACUGUGGAGAGGUUACACGUUGCCAUCUUGACAGUAAUCAGCUCUGUAAGUCCAAGGCUACUCAGCAUGUGAUCUUUACAAGCAAACACACUACUAGAGUGUGACCAAAAACUUCCUUUUUUUUAAAACAAGGUUUGAAUGGUGGUUUGUUUUGAUUGAACAUAGGAAACACAGGAAGCUUCUUCCCCAUGGGAUUCAAAUAUGCAUAAGUGAACAAAUCAACAACACUCCCCAUAAUCUCACACACACGCACACACGUACGUCCAUUGGCAGGCUGGCUCAGCACCAUGCCACUGACAAUUCUUGAGCAUGCUACUUAGGAGUGUAGAUUACUGUCUGGAAAGCUGCUUUUUCAGGAGCCUCAUGCAUAUCAAGCUUUGAAUAAUCUACCGGUGAGAGUUUCAAGGCAUGAUUAAAAGCAGAGGAAGGAAGAGAAGAGGAGACACAAAAAAAUGUGUAUGAAAACCCAGGUAGUUUUAAUCAUGAUUUCAAUACAUCUCUGCUUCUCCAUUUAAUUUUUCCUUGUCCAGCUGACAUGCUGACUCCUAUCUGUAUACCCACAAUGCAGAGCUUGUAUGUUCCACAAAGAAAGGAAAGAAGGAUGGGGGAGGAGAGGAAAUCAAAUGUAAUUUGGGGGAAAUGCUCACAGAAUAGAGCUAACUCAUGUUUCAAAAUUGUUCUAGACCAACAUUUCCUAGCAAUAAGGCAGUGUUGAUCACAGUAUUUUAGAGCUGGCAUCAAUGGUACUGCAGCAGGGAUAACUGAAAUGCCAGCCUAGGGCUGUCUAGAGCUUUCUCCACACCUCUCCAUUUCUACUGUUCAGCAAAUUCUAUUCAAACUGGCAAGGGGUUUUGAUCAGCUGACACUAAAUGCUGUUGUGCACAGCAACAAGGAAGUUGUAGACACAAUGUUACAACAUAGGACAAAUAUUUGGCGUUAAUUUCACGUUCUUACAUUCCACUGUUUGGUCUACAAAGCAGAUGUGAUUUGCUUUAGGGCACAGAAAAUAAGAAAAUAUGGAACAAAGCUGUAUGUAGGGUGCUGCUUUCCACAGCUUCACCCUUGCUAUCUUUUGGAUUGUUUCGAAAGAGAGCCAGGGAGAUGGCAGUAAAAUUUAUGAAUCAUCAAGUCACAUUUAUUAGGGAUCAUUCUCACUAAUUGAAUCUGGUGGCUGUGAAAGUUGCCAGCAAACAUUAAUUUUAAGCUGCCAAGCCUUCAAGCAGUGCAUGACUCCUGCCCACACUCAGUGCAGAGACUAGUUUUCCAGCAUUAAGUGGUAACACAGAACAGCACAGCUCCUACAAGUUACAAGAAGUCCAAGAGAGAAAGGUAUUACUGGCUUAGAAAGACCCUCAUAAACACAGGAUGUAUGUUGCUCAGCAUUUCUUUUAAGAUUAAGACUCUAUUGUUGAGAGUUCAUUCAAUACAUGUUCAAGGGCUGCAAAAUACUGCACAAUCACACCAAUAAAAGAAAUGUCCACGUAAUUAAGAAGCCUCACUGAAAUGAGCAUCAAACCCAAGACAAAACUAGUACAAGACAGCAACUACAAGUGCACACUACAGAGCCAAUUUUUUUGUCCUGCCUUUCCUCUUGGUGCUAAACGCUUUCCUCAGCAAGUGUUUAGCACCAUUCUGUUACCUCUGAAACCUGGAGAAGCCAGCAAUGGUUGCUUUGUGAACACCUCCACAUGUUGUGUUGGGAAGGGCUUGUAAGAGCUGCCAAGUUUUAUCCUUACACUGACCUCCUCAGUUUGUCUGUCCAUCUCUACUUCUAAGAGUCUAUGACCCUUGUAGCAGUUUUGUUUUUGCCUCGAACAAACUGCUACUUAGAGCAACAGUGAAUCAGAUCACAGUGUUGACCUCUGCAAUACUGGAUUGAUCCCAUCUGCAACAGAGAUAUGGAUGCUGGCUCUGAGCCCCUACCACUAAUUAUUUUAUAAUCUAGGAUCUCCCAGACAUGCCAAUCAUAUGGAAUUUACAAUCAAAGUCAAUUCAAAUUUCACAUCUGUGUAAGGAGAUGCCCAGAGUUUCUGAAAAGCCUCUUGUAGAAGCUCCUGUUACAGUGUUAUGAAUAGGAGAUGCUAGUAUCAGGAUGAAAAUGGAAACGUUUCAUAAAUGACUUCUCAGCAAGAUAUGCUGUGAUACAAAGCAGUCCUCUUAUGCAUGAAAUGAUGAGACAUGCAUACCUUUUUUGUGACUUAAGCAGUGGAAUUAUAUCCACACUUGAGCCCCUAAUAAUAAAUUGUGUACACACAGAAACAAACAUUCCCUGAAUCUGACUGAAAAGCUUCCCCCUUGCAUCUGUGACCACUGGCUGAGGAGAAAUUUUAACGUGCCAAGGAUAGUGCAGUUCAGCUAUUUUGUAAACAAAAAUGACUUCUGUCUCCAGAGAGACCACCCAGAAGAACAUGUCCCCCUCAUCAUGUAAGAUAAGCUGGCCCAAGAGCAUUAUAUGAUUGUGCUGGCACAAAAACCCCCCAAAAAACAAGUAUUCAGCAGCAGUAGUUAUUCAUGAACUGGAGGACGAGGUUAGGCAAAAACUAACAAACAUACAGAUGAAAAAGGCAUGAACCUCACUGGCUGAAAAGCACGGUGGUUCCAGAUAGCUAAUGCAGGUUUAGUUUCAUGGCUCACUUUGAAGAUAAGUAACUAAACAACCUCUGAAUAUAUUAAGUGUGAUUGUCUUACACAGACUUACCCAGAAACCAAAAAGGCAGAAAACAUGGGUGCAUUUAAGCAUCCCCUUACACAGGGGACCGGUAGCCAAACAACCUAUAUAAUCUUCAAUCAGCAUCUCUCCAGCUCCAUGCAUCUGGGGAGCCAGUACAGUACAUAUCACAGUUCAGCACUUUCCUCUGGCUUCCUCCAAUGUUUGGGGUGUUCAGGAUGAGAGGUAAUUGUGUCAAUAAACAACUUAAUCAUAAUACCAAGCAAGUGGAAGGCUUCCUCUUGCCAUGUAGCAAUAUGCUGCUAGGAGAUAAAGCAAGAUCCUUUUAUUUUUUGCUUUAUCAGAAGCAAGGCAGGGCUGAGGACUGCUGUGUUCUCUCCGGGAUCCAUAGGCGUGAAAUUCUCCAUUUGGCUGCCAUGCAUUCAAGCGCUACAGACAAGGCUGGCUCAAAUUAACAAAUUACCAAACAAGGAUUCUGAUACCAGUUUCCCUCCCCAUGACAAGCUGAAGACAAAGAAAAGCUGGUCUCCACAUUAAAAUACUAAAACCUCUACAUUAAAAUGAGAAAUGUUCUCAAGUCACUGCCAAGUAGUGGCUGGAAUGUUUAUACCUGGAAUUAUUCUUUGGCUCUUCUCAGGUUAUAUCCAGAGACUGAUUAACACCCCUAAAGUCUGGAAUCCUAUGAGAACACAGUGGUGCCUCAGACAUCAUGUAGACUUGGAUGAAAAGGGGGUCUUGUUUCCAUAGUCUAUUGAGGAUAUAUUUCUGAAUACAGGAGUCCUUCAG